AUGAACGAGUUGGAGCGCAAGCGGCGCACGUUCCGCAUUUGGUUGGCGAUCUACAUAAUAUUCGCCCUGAUCUACCUCUCGGGCGUAUUACUUUUUUGCUUUGUGCACCAGAACUACUGGGCCUGUGGCGGCUUCGUCGUCGUGGUUCUCUUGAUCGCCCUGCGUGUGGCGCUCUUGGCGACGCCGCAGUACCGCCUGUACAAGCUUUUUCCUCCCUGCAGCUUCAACCGCAUUGCAUACCAAACGUUCUUUCUUUGCGCUUGCCUGGUUGGGAUCAGCCUGGGGGUGUGGCUCAUGGCGAGGGGCAUUAAGCAUCGCCAGUCUUGGACAGCGCGCUCGUACUUUUGUGGAAUGACCGGCGUGUGGAUGGCGGCGAAGUGGAGCUACAUCGUGACGGUGCCCAUCUACGAGCUCCGAGAGGACACACUCGAAGAGGACGCGCUCAUCAGGCUUGGCCUCAUUGAUUCAGGGAAAGACAGGGUGUCUGGUAACAACGAACCGGCGAUGUCAAAGGAGAACUGUGCAUAG